CAGCUCAGCUCGUGUACUCCUAGCGCGCGCGCGCUCUGCUGCAUCCGGUCUGCGUCCUGACGUCAUCCUCCUCCGGGUUUGAAGUGGAUUUUGGAUUUCGGGGGAAAAUUGAGCGACACGAGCUCGGUGCUCUGAUGGAGACUGCAGCCUGGACUGUACCAUCUUCAUCAUCAUCUUCUCCUUCUUCAUCAUCAUCAUUAUCACUGAAACACGCGCGCAGUGCAACUGUAAAUCACCGCGUGCUGACUCACGGGACACUGCAGUAGCUCUCUCUCUACCUGUCUCUCUUUUUUCUGUCUGUCUGCCUCUCUCUCUCUCUCUCUCUCCUCACAUCGGCUUGUUGCUGGACCACAAUUCAGUCCUUUGCGUAUGAAGCUUCUGCACUUGUGUUUCUUCCAUUUAAGGAGUGAUGUGAUGAUGGUGACUGGAUGUGGAUCCUGAUGUUCAUGUUGUCCAUCAUAACUGGAGGCCUCUGAAGUGCCUGUCCUGUCGAUAGAGGACCAAUGAGGAAGACAGACGCCUCUGCCUUUACCUACCUCCAAACUCACGCCUUGCUUUAAAGGAAUAAAAGCUGAUAAACAAUCCUUCCAUUCUGCACACCUCCAUCAUCUUCUUCAGAACGGAGUGCACUCUCUCUCUCUCUCUCUCUCUCUCUCUCUCUCUCAGGACUGAAGAAUGGCCAGUGAACCGGUCAUCCUCAACGUCUACGACAUGUACUGGAUUAAUGAAUACACGUCUACUCUGGGGAUCGGAGUCUUCCACUCAGGAAUACAGCUGUAUGGCAGAGAAUUUGCAUAUGGAGGUCAUCCGUAUCCUUUCAGUGGUGUGUUUGAGAUCAACCCAGGAAAUGCCACUGAGCUCGGAGAAACUUUUAAAUUCAGAGAGGCCAUUGCUUUGGGUACGACGGACUUUACAGAGGAGGAUAUUGAUAAGAUUAUGGAGGAACUGGGAAAGGAGUUCAAAGGAAAUGCAUAUCACCUGAUGCACAAAAAUUGCAACCACUUCUCUUCUGCCCUGUCUGAGUUGCUGUGCGGGUGUGAGAUCCCGCGCUGGGUGAACCGCUUGGCGUAUUUCAGCUCGUGUGUGCCGUUCCUGCAGAGCUGUUUACCAAGAGAGUGGCUCACACCAGCCGCCCUGCAGAGCCACAUCAGCAUGCACAGAGAAGACACACACUCUCACAUACACACAUACUCACACACACACUCACACACACACUCACACACACACUCAUACACACACGAUUCCAGCUCCAGUGACGAGGAGCCGUCAGGGGCCGUGGGAGGAAGAUCACACAGCUGCCGACACACUCGAGUGUGACACACACACACCUACACGCACACACACACACACGCGCACACACACACACUAUUCUGGCUUUAAUUUUUCCAUCCUAGUGAAACACUGAACUGUGCUCUUGUGCUUUGUUUUUUUUUUUUUUUUUUUUAACAA